CGCAUGCGAGGAGCUCAAAGCUUUGCUGGGCAGCGAGGUCACAGCCUUGGGGAUCGCUGGAGUGGAGCACGCGGUGAGAAAGAAGGCAUUCAGCUCUUUAAACUCGACGCUCAAAAACACCCACCCAGACAAGUACAAUCAGUACCAGCAGCUUCACACCGACGAAGAACGCCGCAAUUGGUUGGCUGCUUUCCUCAUCGACCCCGCGAGCGGGGGGUCGACUGCGACGAACACCGUGUCCCGCGAGGUUUCUCGCAAGGAGAAGACGGUCGGCCAAUGGAUGACUAUCGACGAGUACGGCGGGCCCAAAGGCAUCAACAACAUGGAGCACGCCAAAGCUCGAUGCGAGGCGGGAGAGUUCACCGAGAGGCCCCACGAAAGCCCGAUCCUGGCUGCCAAAGACAUCAAGCAGUACUACGUGACGAUCGAGCAGGUCGAGGACGUGCGUUCCAUGAUGCAGAACUUCUCCUCCGAGGCCGUCCCCGUCAUGCAGCGGCCUAAGCGAGCCAAGAAGGCCAAGACGGACGAGGGUGUCCCGCCCACAGGGAACGCCGAGAAGAGCCCCGAGGAGAUCGCCAAGGAGAAGCAAGCGAAGGAGCUGAGCGAGGCCUCCCAGGCGUUUGCCAAGGUGCUCAAGGAGGCGAAGGCCCAGUACGACAAGAUGAAUCGCGAGCUCGGCGAGGUCACCAUCAUCGAGAACCGCAUCAGCACGAAGAUGGGGGACAGCUGGGGGGGCGGGCCUUUGAAGUACCUCCAGGCCAAGACAGCUGAGCAGAAGAGCCUGGCGACUGCUCUCUUCGAGAUGUGGUCUACGCUGAAGGGCGAGACGAUGACCGAGGUGAGUGAGUACACGGCGAAGGCCACUGAGAUGAAGGAUGAAAUGGCGAGGGUUGAUACAGCCAAUAAGUUUUUCAAGAAAAACGUCCUGGCUGAUUUUGCGAAGCUGAAG